AUGAUGUGCAUCAAAAAUGACACUACCGACCUACGAAGCCUUCUUCAGCCUUACUUCCAUCAGAUCUCCUCUCUGGAUAUCACAUUUGACAAGGCUGCUGCACCCGCCCUCUUGCUAAACGACCUCCCAACACCUCAGAAGCUUCGAGUUGAUAUACGCUAUCAUGGUAUUGCCGAUGCGAAAGAAGACACACUUACAUCUAUUUUACCACCCAUCUCGCGACUCUCCAUUUUGCGCAGUCUUGAGUUGGAAACGCUGUCCCGCUACGACUCCAAGUGCUUAUCUCGCCUCAACCCAGCAUGGGCCCACCUAACAAAUGUCAAUCUCAUUUUGUGCAAGCCACGCGAAGUUAUGGGCUUGCUCCAGCUAAGCCCUAACCUCUGCUCGUUGAACAUAGACAUGCUCCUCAGUGAUGGAUUGUCCUUGGAGCCAUAUACCCACACCUCCAUUCAGUACAUCUCCAUCACAUUCAUUCACGUCACUCUCUCGCAUUCAGCACGACACCCACUGGAACACUUGUUCAAUGCACUCACGCUCCCUAAUUUCGUGUGCUUAGAGCUUGGGAAUUACCUUUCACACUAUGAGUAUGUCUCUCCUGAGUGGCUUAUCGAUCUUGUGGAGCAACAAUGGCCAGAAGUGUUACCCGAUCGAAGCGCGAAAUGCUAUGAGGACACUGCCACGAGGCGAGCAUUCAACCUCAUUUCGGAUUUGGCGGGUAUACACAACUUGGGCCGCAAAAAUUGCGUCAAUCCACAGGGUGGUUCGGUGUCUCCGGAGUGGAUCACUGUGUUUGAAGGUGAUUACGACGACGAACUUGACGAUGAUGAACUUGCGGCCAUUCAACUUGACACCGUUCUUGUGCUCACUGUAUGCUCUAAUCAAGGGGACGAGUUUGAAGAGCGUCCCAUUCAUGAAAAGAUGGACUACAUGACCAAAUUAGUCGGAUGUGCGCCCCGAUGGUGGGUGAGCUGCGGGUUGGGAGCUUGA